CGGCGGCAGCCGAGCGGCGGGUCGGUCUCUGCGCGCUGGUGUCAGGCCCAGGCUGAGGCCUCCGCGGUGGCAGGAGCGCGGGCGGCGGAGAGCAUGACUGCCGCCGCCGUUCUCUCCUGAGCCGCCGCACCUCCCCACUCCCCCGGCAGGGCGGAGCGGAGCGGCCGGAGUCUGAGCGAUGUUGCCCGGAGAGAGAACCAACUGGUCCCGAAAGAGGAUGUGUUUUGGAGAUGCAGACAAAAUAUCUUUGAUGAAAUGAAGAAGAAAUUUUUACAGAUAGAAAAUGCUGCUGAAGAACCUAGAGUCUUAUGUAUAAUACAAGAUAUUACUAAUUCAAAGACAGUGAAUGAACGGAUCACUUUAAAUUUACCAGCUUCUACUCCACUCAGAAAGCUCUUUGAAGAUGUAGCCAACAAAGUAGGCUACAUAAAUGGAACCUUUGAUUUGGUGUGGGGAAAUGGAAUCAAUACUGCUGAUAUGGCUCCACUAGAUCAUACCAGUGACAAGUCUCUUCUUGAUGCUAAUUUUGAGCCAGGAAAGAAGAAUUUUCUACAUUUGACAGAUAAAGAUGGUGAACAGCCUCAAAUAAUGCUGUCUGUUGCCAUGCUGGAAACACAGGUUACCAUCUUCAAGACCACCAGGACAUCAGGGACAGGGGAGGAUUCCAGUACUGGGGAUGACAGUGCGCAUGACAGACUUAUAGGUCCACUUCCAAGAGAAGGUUCUGUGGGCUCGACCAGUGAUUAUGUCAGCCAAAGCUACUCCUAUUCAUCCAUUUUGAAUAAAUCAGAAACUGGUUAUGUGGGAUUAGUAAACCAGGCAAUGACUUGCUAUUUGAAUAGCCUUUUGCAAACACUUUUUAUGACUCCUGAAUUUAGGAAUGCCUUAUAUAAGUGGGAGUUUGAAGAAUCUGAAGAAGAUCCAGUGACCAGUAUACCAUACCAACUACAAAGGCUUUUUGUUUUGUUACAAACCAGCAAAAAGAGAGCAAUUGAAACGACAGAUGUUACAAGGAGCUUUGGAUGGGAUAGUAGUGAGGCUUGGCAGCAGCAUGAUGUACAAGAACUGUGCAGAGUCAUGUUUGAUGCUUUGGAACAGAAAUGGAAACAAACAGAACAGGCUGAUCUUAUAAACGAACUAUAUCAAGGCAAGCUGAAGGACUACGUGAGAUGUCUGGAAUGUGGUUAUGAGGGCUGGAGAAUCGACACAUAUCUUGAUAUUCCAUUGGUCAUCCGACCUUAUGGGUCCAGCCAAGCAUUUGCUAGUGUGGAAGAAGCAUUGCAUGCAUUUAUUCAGCCAGAGAUCCUGGAUGGCCCAAAUCAAUAUUUUUGUGAACGUUGUAAGAAGAAGUGUGAUGCACGAAAGGGUCUUCGGUUUUUGCAUUUCCCUUAUCUGCUGACCUUACAAUUGAAAAGGUUUGAUUUUGAUUAUACAACCAUGCACAGGAUUAAAUUGAAUGAUCGGAUGACAUUUCCUGAAGAGCUGGAUAUGAGUACAUUUAUUGAUGUAGAAGAUGAGAAAUCUCCUCAGACUGAAAGUUGCACUGACAGUGGAGCAGAAAACGAAGGCAGUUGUCACAGUGAUCAAAUGAGCAAUGAUUUCUCCAAUGAUGAUGGUGUUGAUGAAGGGAUCUGCCUUGAAAACAAUAGUGGAACUGAAAAGAUUUCAAAACCUGGUCUUGAAAAGAAUUCCUUGAUCUAUGAGCUCUUCUCCGUUAUGGUUCAUUCAGGGAGUGCUGCUGGUGGUCACUAUUAUGCUUGUAUAAAGUCAUUCAGUGAUGAUCAGUGGUACAGCUUCAAUGAUCAACAUGUCAGCAGGAUAACACAAGAGGACAUUAAGAAAACACAUGGUGGAUCUUCAGGAAGCAGAGGGUAUUACUCCAGUGCUUUUGCAAGCUCCACAAAUGCAUAUAUGCUGAUAUAUAGACUGAAGGAUCCAACAAGAAAUGCAAAAUUUCUAGAAGUAGAUGAAUAUCCAGAACAUAUUAAAAAUUUGGUGCAGAGAGAGAGAGAAUUGGAAGAACAAGAAAAGAGGCAACGAGAAAUCGAGCGUAACACAUGCAAGAUAAAACUGUUCUGUUUGCAUCCUGUGAAACAAGUCAUGAUGGAAAAUAAAUUGGAGGUUCAUAAGGAUAAGACAUUAAAAGAAGCAGUAGAAAUGGCUUACAAGAUGAUGGAUUUGGAAGAGGUAAUACCUGUGGAUUGUUGUCGCCUUGUUAAAUAUGAUGAGUUUCAUGAUUAUCUUGAAAGAUCAUAUGAAGGAGAAGAAGACACACCAAUGGGACUUCUACUAGGUGGAGUCAAGUCAACAUAUAUGUUUGAUCUGCUGUUGGAGACAAGAAAACCUGAUCAAGUUUUUCAAUCUUAUAAACCUGGGGAAGUGAUGGUGAAAGUUCAUGUUGUUGAUCUAAAGGCAGAAUCUGUAGCUGCACCUGUCACUGUUCGUGCUUACUUAAAUCAAACAGUUACAGAGUUCAAACAACUUAUUUCAAAGGCUAUCCAUUUACCUGCUGAAACAAUGAGAAUAGUGCUGGAACGCAGCUACAAUGAUUUGCGUCUUCUCACUGUGCCUAGUAAAACCCUGAAGGCCGAAGGUUUUUUUAGAAGUAACAAGGUGUUUGUUGAAAGUUCUGAAACUUUGGAUUACCAGAUGGCCUUUACCGAUUCUCAUUUGUGGAAACUCCUGGAUCGGCAUGCAAAUACAAUCAGAUUAUUUGUUUUGCUACCUGAGCAAUCCCCAGGAUCUUAUUCCAAAAGGACAGCAUACCAGAAAGCGGGGGGUGAUUCUGGUAAUGUGGAUGAUGAUUGUGAAAGAGUCAAAGGACCUGUGGGGAACCUAAAGUCUGUGGAAGCCAUUCUAGAAGAAAGCACUGAGAAACUCAAAAGCUUGUCACUGCAGCAGCAGCAAGAUGGAGAUAAUGGGGACAGCAGCAAAAGUACUGAGACGAGUGACUUUGAAAACAUUGAAUCACCUCUUAAUGAGAGAGACUCUUCUACAUCGGUGGAUAAUAGAGAACUCGAACAGCAUCUUCAGACGUCUGAUCCUGAAAAUUUUCAGUCUGAAGAACGAUCAGACUCGGAUGUGAAUAAUGACCGGAGUACAAGUUCAGUGGACAGUGAUAUUCUUAGCUCUAGUCAUAGCAGUGACACUUUGUGCAAUGCAGAUAAUGCUCAAAUCCCUUUGGCUAACGGACUUGACACUCAUAGCAUCACGAGUAGUAGAAGAACUAAAGCAAAUGAAGGAAAAAAAGAGACAUGGGAUACAGCAGAAGAAGACUCUGGAACUGAUAGUGAAUAUGACGAAAGUGGCAAGAGUAGGGGAGAAAUACAGUACAUGUAUUUCAAAGCGGAACCGUAUGCUACAGAUGAAGGUUCUGGGGAAGGACAUAAAUGGUUGAUGGUGCAUGUUGAUAAAAGAAUUACCCUGGCUGCUUUCAAACAACAUUUAGAGCCCUUUGUUGGAGUUUUGUCCUCUCACUUCAAGGUCUUUCGAGUAUAUGCCAGCAAUCAAGAGUUUGAGAGCGUCCGACUGAAUGAGACACUUUCAUCAUUUUCAGAGGACAAUAAGAUUACAAUUAGACUGGGGAGAGCACUUAAAAAAGGAGAAUACAGAGUUAAAGUGUACCAGCUCCUGGUCAAUGAACAAGAGCCAUGCAAGUUUCUGCUAGAUGCUGUGUUUGCUAAAGGAAUGACUGUACGGCAAUCAAAAGAGGAAUUAAUUCCUCAACUCAGGGAGCAAUGUGGUUUAGAGCUCAGUAUUGACAGGUUUCGUCUAAGGAAAAAAACAUGGAAGAAUCCUGGCACUGUCUUUUUGGAUUACCAUAUAUAUGAAGAAGAUAUUAAUAUUUCCAGCAACUGGGAGGUUUUCCUUGAAGUUCUUGAUGGGGUGGAGAAGAUGAAAUCCAUGUCACAGCUUGCAGUUUUGUCAAGACGGUGGAGGCCCUCUGAGAUGAAGUUGGAUCCCUUCCAGGAGGUUGUGUUGGAAAGCAGUAGUGUUGAUGAGUUGCGAGAGAAGCUUUGUGAAAUCAGUGGAAUUCCUUUGGAAGAUAUUGAAUUUGCCAAGGGUAGAGGAACCUUUCCCUGCGAUAUUUCUGUCCUUGAUAUUCAUCAGGAUUUGGAUUGGAAUCCUAAAGUUUCUACCCUGAAUGUCUGGCCUCUUUAUAUCUGCGAUGAUGGUGCAGUCAUAUUUUAUAGGGAUAAAACAGAAGAAUUAAUGGAGUUGACAGAUGAGCAAAGAAAUGAACUGAUGAAAAAAGAAAGCAGUCGACUCCAGAAGACGGGACAUCGAGUAACAUACUCACCUCGGAAAGAGAAAGCACUAAAAAUAUAUCUGGAUGGAGCACCAAAUAAAGAUCUGACUCAAGACUGACUCUGCUAGUGUAGCAUUUUCCCUGGGGGAUUGGUUUUAAUUAGAUGGUUCACUGCUACUGUGUAGUGCCAUUAUGGCAGGACAUGGUUAGGGGUAACCCCGUGACACCAGCACUGAUUGGACUGCCCUUCACCAAUCAGAAGCUCAGUGCCCAGUGGGCCACUGUUUUGACUUGGAAUCAUGUUGUGCACUAUAGUCAAAUGUACUGUAAAGUGAAAAGGGAUGUGCAAAAAAAUAAAAACAAAAACAAAACCUGCUACUAGAAAAGGGGAAAGGGGAAUGAGUAAAUGUCUUUUUGCGGACAAAUGUGCACAUAGCCGCUAGUAAAACUAGCCUCAAACAGGAUGCUCAUAGCUUAAUAAUAAAAGCUGUGCAAAGGCCAUGAAUGAAUGAAUUUUCUGUUUAUUUCACUGAUACACACAUUACCUCAUUGACAAUUUGUAAGUAAAUUCAACGUGUGUUGACUCUUGGAAAGCAGCAAAAAUAGGAGCUGAAGAAGGAAAUUCUUAGAACCAGCCGUAACCCAGUAAAGAAUUGUGAAGUUGUGUUUUCUUGUUUCAUUUUUUGCGAAGUAUAAAGAACAUUAUUCUGGAACACCAAAACAUUUCCCUUAGACUGCUCCCAGCAGAUGGCAGCUCAAAUUGCUGAAUAUUGUAAUUAUAACUGUACUUAAGUUAUGGAUGUAGACAAUACAUUUCACUCGUUCAUUCAGCAUGUAAAUAUAAUUGAUCCUAUUGAGUUAUCCUAAUUGCAGUUCACCUAUUUCCCGUGGUUGUUCUUUUCACAUGUCAUUCAUGAUGUACAUUUGUGUACAUUGAGAAGUAUAGCAGUCUGUAAAUGUACUCCUCGGUGAGGUUCCUCAGUGCUGGGUCCCAUACGGUUGUAUUUGCCCUUGUUAAUGAGGUUUUUCUGUUCAGUGGCUUCAGUUUUAUUUCUUUUUGUACAUUACUUUUGAAAAUAUACUUCAAGUUUGAAUCUUCCAGAACCCUUGUAAAUCCCACUUUAAUUUUUGGAGUUGAUUUGUAGUUACACGUAGUUUGACUUUGGGGAAAUGUCUUAACAUCGUGUUGAAUAAACUUGCUAGUAAGUCAGGUCAUAGCACAGGCUGAUGCAGUCAACAUGAUUUCAUUGCAGAGUCGAUUAGAGUCGGCAAGUUUUUGCUUUGCUAAAUACAACUAUUCAGUGAACACAAUUAUACGUACAUUUUGAAAAUGCCAUCUAAUUUAUAAAAAUCAAUAAAAAGGUUUUGGUAAAACUUUUUCAUGCCAGAUGCUGUUUACAACAAUGAACAUGCCAAUAAAACAUUUGUUCAUUCUGUUGUGUUAUUUUAGUCAUUCAACUUUUAUGGAUGAAGAAUCUGGGUUAAGAAUAGAUUUGUUUUCUUUAAAUAUAACAUUUUGUAAUGUGUACUGAAUAAUUAUCUCAUUUCUAUGAUAAGGUGUUUACAGUAAAGUUCCCAUAAGAGAUGAAAAGAUGUUAAUAUUUAACUUUGGAGGAUCCUGUCAAUAUCUGCAGUUUGAAUAUAAUGACUUAAUAUAAUAUAGCUUAAAAGUCUCUUGGCAUCCACAAGGAUAAAAAUCUUUUCUAAGGUAUUUUUCUGGCUAAUUUUUAUUCCGUAUAAACUAUAUAGCAUUCUGAUCACUUUGAAGUAGUGUUCGGGUUUGCAUUAUUGGAAUUGACAGUUGUCUCGCAGGAAAGCUGGGAAUGUGGUGGUGAGUUGUCUCUCAGGAUCACGGACUUUCUUUGGUCCAUACAGGCCUGCUUACUUUGGACAUGGGGUUAAUAAAUGGGGUUUCUGAUUUCAGGGACUGACUGGAGCAGGGGAGGCUGAUUUGUAAACAAAACUGACUGUGAGCUUGUUUGAUUUGGUUUCGUUUAGUGUUCCUAAAAGAGUAAAUGGUAAAAUUCUUC